AUACAAAGUUUUCCGUUUAAAAUAUUAUUGAACUGGGUCCAAAAAAAUUGACACUCUACACUACACGCUUCUUUAUCUCUGGUGUUUAACCACUUUCUCGACGAUUGAUUAUCGAACAAAGCCUUUGUAACCAGUCGAUCGUUUAUCGAAAUCAAGUUAGAAAAUUUAGACAGGGACGCUUAGUGCGGCGUUUAAACUAGUAUGGCUAAAUAUGAACUUGAAGGUGGCUUGAUUGUGACGGAGCGCGAAUCUACCAAUAUCCGGAUCCAUAACGUUGCUAGGCGCCACGUAGGGAGUCUCCUGUGGUCCCUCAACAGCGAGCUCCAUGGGGCCAAGAAAAGGGAUAAAUGUGCCAUGUUUGUAUACGAUAUCCUUGUGGAAGCAGGAUUGAAAGCACCGACCCAGAAGCCGUGGUUUUUUGGUUACUCGCCGGUGGAUUCAUCAGAAUGGGGAAACAGACAUUCAGAGAUCAUACAAGCGUGCGGGAACUUCCACAAGGUGUCCAUUCCAAUGCGUGGCGACAUCGUGGCGUUCCCUAGCUACCGUGGAAACACCCACUGUGGCAUCGUUUCCACGGGGGGAAACUUCAUAGCGACCACAGACAAGAAAAUUGUGGAAACCAAACUGCCAUCUAAUGUCAAGCGGGUGUUUUGGCGGUACAAGGGUGAUGUACCAAGCACUAGCAGGCUACUAGAAAAAUACAGGUGCUAGUUGUCUGUAACAGCCUAUACCCGGUAGAUGCUUUAGAGGAAGAAAUUAUAAUACUAAUAUUGCUGCAUUGUUUAUUUACCAAAAGAGUCAUGUGGCUUAUAGGUACACUGUGUACAAUACGGGCAAAUGACAGGGGAUUCAGAAUUAUUACAAAAUGUAAAUAUAAUCAGAGAAAUAAGUUUAGAAACUAAUAAAUCUAAGCAACGAAAAAAGAAACCUCAUUAAUGACAGUUAACAGAUAGUGCUUCUUUUUGUUUUGUAGCUUUCACUAAAUACUGACAAAGCUUAUCAAUAGUUUUAUAGCUUUCACUAAAUACUGACAAAGCUUAUCAAUAGUUUUAUAGCUUUCACUAAAUACUGACAAAGCUUGUGAAUAGUUUUAAAGUUAUAUACACUGAAAUGUUCUACGAGUUUGAAAAAGGAAGUUUUUUUUAUAGCAAUAAGGUUUGAUAUAUGUUUCACGUAAAUCAAACAAUGCUGGGCAUAUCAAAACGAAAUGAAUUCGUCUUCUAUUUCCUGCAAAUUACAAAAUGAGCAUUUGCGUUCAAUUCUAGGUAAAUUUGUACCUUCCAUUUUCAACAUUCAAAGAAUGUGCAGAAAUUCGAUAUUUGCAUAGUAAUGACUUUUCCUUGUGUGACAAUCGCUUUACAAGAUAUCUCUGUAAACCAAAUGUGUCAAUUAUUUCUUUAUAUAAGAUACAUUUCGAUGAAAUUUCAAAAGCACUAAAACAACUUUGUAUAAAUGCAUCGGUGAGACGCUGUUCCACAAGAAAAGAAAAAUGAUUAAUAUUACCAACAUUUUGCUGUUCCCAAAAAUUUACAAGACCCACGCAAUAAAGUUCUUCAUAUUCUCAAACUUUGACAUUUAUGUAAUUGCAACGAUCAACAUCUGCGUGCGUUUAGUUUUUUAAUUAGAAUGAAUGAAUAGUAUAAUAUAUGAUAGUGUCAUUGAAAUUUCUUAUUUAUAAAUGUUGAAGAUUUGUGUGAUCUACCUGAAGCAGAAGUAGAUUAACAACUGUGCUGUAGCACUGAGUCUUGCUGCUUUUUGUGGAUAGUUCAGUAUGCAUGAAUACUGUUAAUGUGGUCAUAUAUGUACAUGUACAGU